ACAUGUCAAAAGUGCCUGUCAUACUACACAAAAACAAACAAAAAGAAAAAACGAAGAGAAAUACUCUUGACUGAUCUUGAGUUCACAAGUCCAUGGCAAUGAAGAUAACCAAAAAAUCUGCAAAUUUUGUCAGUUUACAUCAAGAUAUUUGCAUAAUAAACACCCAAUACUAAUUCUAAGGUUGUAAUUCAACCACCCAAAUGUCUCCCAAUUUACUAUCUUCAUUUAUUUUAUUUUAAUUUCCAAAACAAAUUAACAAUCUUUCCCAAAACACCAUAAUCCAUGGCAACUAAUACAUCUUCUCCAACACUACUAUUACUAAACCCCAAUACAAAUAAACUCAAAUUCAAACACCCAUUUGUACAAACAAUCACCCCUUUCAAUAAUGGUGUUUUAACAAACGUUAAAUCAGGCUGGACUUAUUAUCAACGCCAGCAUAUAACAACAAGAAGAGCAUCUAGCAUGUCUCCUUCUAUAACAGCCGAAAUGACGAAAAACAACAACAACAACGACAAUGAAGAGAUGCAAAGAAUAAAGAGGCUUCAAAAUGGUUCGGAUAUUCGAGGGGUGGCAAUGGAGGGGGAGAAGGGGCGUAGUGUUGAUCUAACACCGGGAGCUGUGGAGGCCAUUGCGGAGAGUUUUGGGCAAUGGGUUAAGGAUAAGUUGAAUGGUGAUGAUAAUAGUCAAGUUAGGAUAUCUUUAGGGAGAGAUCCACGGGUAACGGGUCCAGUGUUAAGUACUGCUGUUUUCUCGGGUCUUGCUCGAGCUGGUUGUCUUGUUUUUGAUAUGGGUCUUGCUACUACACCGGCUUGUUUUAUGAGCACUAUUUUGGAUGGUUUUUCUUACCAUGCUUCUAUCAUGAUGACAGCUUCGCAUCUACCAUACACAAGAAAUGGUCUCAAAUUUUUCACAAAAAGUGGGGGGCUAACUUCUUUGGAGGUGGAAGAGCUAUGUGACCGAGCAGCACGAAAGUAUGCAAAUAGGCAAGCAAAGGUUUCAUUAUUAACCAAUCCUCCCAAAAAAGUUGAUCUAAUGAGUGCUUAUGCCAAGCAUCUUCGAGAUAUCAUCAAGGAGAGAAUUAAUCACCCCACAAGUUACGAGACCCCACUCCAAGGCUUUCAGAUCAUUGUAAAUGCUGGAAAUGGUUCAGGAGGAUUCUUCACAUACGACGUAUUAGACAAACUUGGAGCAGACACAUUUGGGUCACUACACCUUAACCCAGAUGGUAUGUUCCCAAAUCACAUCCCAAACCCAGAAGACAAAACAGCCAUGUCCUUAACAAGAUCAGCAGUCUUACAAAACUCAGCUGAUUUGGGAAUUGUUUUCGAUACUGAUGUUGAUAGAAGUGGAGUUGUAGAUAAAAAAGGAAACCCCAUUAAUGGUGAUAAGUUAAUAGCUUUAAUGUCAGCCAUUAUUCUUAGAGAACAUCCUGGAACCACCAUUGUUACUGAUGCUCGGACUAGUAUUGGGGUAUCUAAGUUUAUAAGUGAUAGAGGAGGAAAGCAUUGUUUGUAUAGAGUGGGUUAUAGGAAUGUUAUUGAUAAGGGUGUUCAACUUAAUAAAGAUGGUGUUGAUACACAUCUUAUGAUGGAGACUUCUGGCCAUGGUGCUCUCAAGGAGAACUAUUUUCUUGAUGAUGGUGCAUAUAUGGUUGUAAAAAUCAUAAUCGAGAUGGUUCGGAUGAGGCUAUCAGGAUCAAGUGAAGAAAUUGGAACCCUUAUUGAGGAAUUGGAGGAUCCAGAAGAUUCUAUAGAGUUGAGAAUGAAUGUUCUCGCCGAACCAAGAUUUGCGAAGGCUAAAGCUGUCCAAGUCAUUGAAACUUUCCGAACAUAUAUAGAGGAAGAAAAACUAGAGGGUUGGAUGCUUGACUCAUGUGGAGAUUGUUGGGUUGGUGAAGGUUGCCUUGUAGACUUGAAUGAAACCCCUACAGCUAUUGAUGCUCAUAUGUACAGGGUGAAGGUGUUGGAUAAAGAAGGAAACGAAUAUGGAUGGGUGCAUUUGAGACAGAGCAUUCAUAAUCCAAACAUAGCAAUAAAUAUGCAAUCUUCUAUUGCUGGAGGUUGCUUAUCCAUGACUAAACUUUUCAAGGAUAAGUUUGUGAUUGCCAGUGGAUUACACAAAUUUCUGGAUUUAUCAGAUAUUGAGCAGUAUGUAAAACACUAGCUAGAAGACUGAUGAAUUAAAAUUAUACUUCUAUUUGUAUAGUGUAGUGGUGUAUAGAAAAAAUUAUUCUAUUACCUAUGUACAUAAGAAAUUUGUAAAAAUACAUUAUCAAACACAACUCUGUAUUUAACGUGGAAACAUUUUUUUACAA